AUGUUUCGACGGAAGAAAGGUCGAGGCAUAUCGGAAAUCAAGGAAAAUUCAAGCGAAUUGCCGGUGGAUAACUUUGAAUUUGUCCCCGCAACACCGUCUCCCGUAGAUGCACCAUCUGAAGUAUCAUCAACAAAAGAUUCAUUGGAAAAUGAUUACCCGAUAAUCGAUGAAAAGGAGUUUCGCCGAGCUCUUGAUCGAUGUUAUACACAGUCACAGAAUGGAAAUGCAUGUAAAUUAAGUAUUAGUAAAAUAACAGCACGAAAUGCGUUCGAAAAUUUAUUAGAAGAGUUGGGAGUUGAAAUGUGCACAAGUGGCAGUGAUGAAACAUCAGUAUAUCUAGCAAACAGUUUUUAUGAUCUCGUAAAGAAAUUGGAUGCAUAUUGCAAGGAUGACAGUCAAAGAGCAACUUUCUUCGAUCUUUUCGAAGAAGAAAUUGUUGAAGAGCCCAAACUCAAGAUGUAUUUAUCACCUUCCGUUACUGAAGCGGGAUAUGUGGAUACAUUUAUUCGAGCUCUGCUAAUAUCAAGUUCAUCGCAGGCUUUCACAUUCAAUUUGAUUCUUAAAAAGAUUGAAGCUUAUGCGAAAAGCGUUGCUGAUGAUUGCAUGAAAAGUGACUACCUUGCACUUGCAUGUAUCGCACAGUUUCGUUAUUUGGAUACUAUAUAUGACUGUGAACGGAUCUUCAAUUCAAUUUUUGAUUGUGAUUUGGAGAAUUGGCGUUGUGCUCCACGUGACGCUUUGAUACAAGUUCUACCAGAAAUUCUAUCUAGUCCAAUCGUUCAGCAAGAUGCUGCAAACAAUUUGCAACAAAUGUUUCUGAGAACAGUUCGUGACAAUUUGCCAUCCUUCCGAGUCAGUAUCCUCCAAACACUACUUUUACUUCGCACUGAUGAACAAACGACAAAUAGUAUUCGUGGAAUCAUGUUGCAAAAUAUAAUGAAACUGAACAUGGAAGUUUUGCCAGAACUGGUGGCAUAUUGCUUGGACAGUAUUCACAAAAAUGAGAAAUUUGCCUUCCGGAACAUUCUCUGCAGUCUUAGAGCACAUUUGCAAAUAGAAAAUCUAGAAAGUACGGAAACAGGAACAGGAAAGAAGACAGUUGGCCAGGUAUUAAUGGAAAUCUUCGAAAUAAUUUUAAAAAAAAUGAAAACUAAUGACGGACGUUACUGGAAAGAUGUAGUAGUUAUGUUGACCACCGAAAAACAAGAACAAAGUGAUGAGAAUGAAAGAGGUACUAUUACUGGAGAAGAUCUUGUUUCAGUCGCAAAAAAGAUACCGGUUCUUUUCGAUGUUUUAUUUUAUUUUGCUUUAAUGGAUGUGAAUAAUUGGAGUCAUACAGUCUACAGUAUCUUCAAACAACAGAUUUUAUGCAAUCAGCACUUUCAAUUGGAACAACUUGUUACGUUGGCUUUUGAAUACACCGAGUAUAUCACACACUUUUUCCGCCCAAUCUGUGGUUUUUUCGAAAAUUUGAUGUGGUCUUCGGCACCAAUUUAUAUACAGUUUGGAGCUCAUGGAUACAAAACUCUGUUUGUAAAACUUCCAUCAGAACAAUCCGUGAUUUUUAAUCACAUUAUUCAACACUUAAAUGGAACGGAAGAGGAGAUCAGCACAACGCUCUCAAUAUUGCAAAACAUCGCCGAAAAUCACAGUGGAGAAAUUGCGAAGUUCUUUUUUGUCCUCAGUAAAAAAAUACCAUGCUUGAUUAAUUUUUCAUUCGACAAUGUAUGCCGGUUUUUUAAUAUAUUGCUUUUGGUGGAACGAAUUGCCCAACAGUUACAGAUUACUGAAAAACACAAAGGAUUGGAUUUUGAAAUUGAGCAAAUGAUAUCCUCGUCUUCGACAAGAGAAAAAAUAUGGGGGAUUUUUGGUGUAUUGAUGCAAUUGCAACAAUAUCUAAUGAAUAGCAGAUUAAACGCCAAUGAUCGUGAAAGCUUGCUCAAACAAAAAUUGGCCUUGCUGGAUGAACGAACAAAAUAUAGUAUUUAUUUGCGCACAUGUUUCUAUCAGCACUUUGCGAAGAUUCUGAAUACCAGUACUGGAGUUGAACACAGCGCUAUUCUGGUUGUCUGGGCGGAAAGACUAUGUGUGGAAUUCAGACAAAAUUAUCUAAAGAAAUUUGAACAGAAUUGUAUACAAUGUCGCUUGGAAGAUGAACGCUAUAGCAACUCAUUGCAUAAAGAGUGGCUUUGUUUAAGCAAACUUGUGAAAUAUUCCUCGAAAAUAUCUGAUUCGGAAAAUCGAGUUUUUGAACCAAUUGCUCAUUUCCAACUUCUUUUAGCGCUUACCAAGUUGAAAUAUUUAUGGACCAACAAACAAAGCAAUGAUGGUUUUCUUAUGGAACUUCGCUUUAUAUUAGUUCAAAGUGAUGUUGCAGAAGCGAAUAUUUCAAUGGCUGAAGUCGAUUUAGAAACGAAAGAUAACCAGAGCAGAAUUACAAACUGUGACAUUUUUUUUUUCUGCAUUCAAUGGAUCCGUCUAAUGUUAAAUACAUUUGCUGUAAGCGAUAAUAAGAUAUAUGGAUCGGAUACGGAGGCUAUUCAUGCCAUAUUACGUAAAAGAUUUGCAUUAAUGAUGGAGUGCCAGAAAAGUUUGAAGUAUACCAUUCAAAAAAUCGGAGAGUAUAGAAUGCCAUGUGUGUUGGAUUUUGAACAAACCGAAUUAAUAGUUUUUUAUGAUAUUCCUAAGAAAUCAUCGUCUAUAAAAAGUUGGAAAAAUGCAGCCAAUAAUAGAAAAAGAAAUAAUGAAGAUGAAAAUGGAAUAAAAUAUACUGAUGACGCAGAAAGCAAGUCAAAUGAAACGAUGGAUAAGGAAAAUGGAGAAGAUUUACAGAGAGAUACUACUCGAGUUGGCGAAACGAAAACUGUCAAAAUUGAACAGUUUAGAUGUAUGAAAACUAAGAAUUUGGGUCGACAAAAACUAGUUGUCGAAUCUCAACUGUUGUCCUUUUUCUUGCCACUCAAUUUCGCUACCGUUAUUCAUUUGAUUGAAUUGUUGCCAAAAAAGAGGAAACAAACAGCGUUUUUAUUAGAAACUUUGGGCAAACUGUUGGAAGAACUUUUACCUAAAAAGAACAAGAAAAUAUCUCCUUUUUUGGUAGCCCGAAAAACUGCUACAGAAAAGGUUUUGGGAAGUGAUGGUUCAAAGAUCGUUUGGCAUUCAAUUCAAUCUGUUAUCCCAACUUUAUUUGUCAUUUUACAUGGUGCAGUGGAGUAUUUCAAAAAUCUUCUGGAUACAUCUGUCUUCCUCGAUUCUGCUAAACGCUCCUAUUACGCUGACAUGAGUGCUCUCAUGCACUCGUCACUAGUCCUUUUUUAUAACAUAUUUUCAUCCCAGGAUUUUAUGAAAACAUCCAGAGAUGAUUCAGUGGAAGAACAAAAGUCUCACCUUUCAAGAAUGAAACGUCGAAAAUUGCUCAUGGAAAAGUUAGAAAGAGCGAUGAUUGAUGUUGGAGUUGUUGAAGAUACACAGGGGGCAGAUGAGGCAGAGGAUGUUGUUUCGGGCUAUUUUAUAAGUAUUUCCGAGAUCGUCCCUACACUGAAUUGUGCUGUUUCUUUACUUCAGUUACUUUCCUGUGAUUUCAUUGACGCACGGCAAAAAUCCAAAGCUGCAAAAUCAGCGCUUGCGUAUUUGAAAAGAGAAUGGUUUGAUGUAGAGGAAAGACCGGUGAAAGGUGCAUUACUUAAUCAAGGGGUUGCGAGCAUUUUAAGGAUAUAUCUUUCAUUUCGGGAACAAACUGAGCGACUUUCUGCAAUCCAGUGGAUGCUAGCAAACAAAAUAUCUGAAUUAGUCCCAGAAGACGAGCGGCGUCGAAGUAAAAUAUCAUCCUUAGAGCCCUGUCGCGAUAAGGAUUUGGAUGAGACUGAAGGAUCUCUUUUUAUCUGUUUUAGCAAAGUUACUUUUGCUUCCGUUUACAAAAUUUUGUUCUGUUCACUGAAUGAAACUAUCAGGAAUGUUCUGUCGUUACAAGCGAUUGAAAAAGGCAAACUUCAGCACAAUAAAUGCUUUGCACUUUGGAAGAUUGCUGCUAGUAGUUUCUGCCUUUUAACCCUGCUAAUCCGUGUAAAGGAGUUACGAAAUGCUAGUGUGCUGUUAACUGCUGCACGUGAAGGGCGCUUAUUCUUGCAAAGUUUUGCUGUGAAAAGUUCCUUCAUAUACUUGUUAUCAGACGAAUCGAGGUUUGCGAGGUAUGGUGCAGAGGCAAAUGCAAUUUUGAAGACAGUACAGAUUGGUAAUCGUUCAUUACAGAAUAUGAGUGCUCAUGCAAAGAGCACUAAAUGUGCAUCAUUGCUGAAGUUGUUACCUAUGUUAAGGGCUACAUCGGAGCAAUUUAUUAGAGCAGUUCAUCAGCUCAUGAUUGGCGUCGACUGCGACAGCGCAUUUCAAAUUGGAUUGAAUUUGAAAAUCACACGGACAUGUGAACGAGAAAGUAGAACUGACUUUGCUACUCCUACAUUUGAGACUGUUUCACUUUCUGCAAAUUAUAUGGGUGAAGAAUUAAAAGACAUGGAAAUAGAAGAUGUUGGUGAUUCACAACAAAGACCAGUAACUGGCGAAGACGAAAACGAUGAAAUGGAGCUUGCAGAGGAGCAAAGCGAUGUAGAAAUGGAUUUGGACGAUGAUAGUCCAAUUUUUUAG